GUCAGGAUUAUAGCGGGCACUUAAAUAUUAAUCGUGAGGUGCCCGAGAACUUAAUUAACGACCCAUUUGCAUCCUCAUUUGUGGAAAAAUCCUGCAUUCAUUCGGGUGGUUGGCUCUGUGUUUCUCAUACACACGUCGUGCCGUGUCAUCUGAUUGAAAUUUCAUCGAACAGAAAAAUCGUGACACGUAACGUUUACGCUCGUUAAAACGUCCACGAAGGCGUGUUGUUUACCGCCAUUGUUGAUACUUUCUUCAUUUCUUUAUUAUUUCUGAAUUUUGUGUUUUGUUUUCCCUGGAUCGUGGCUUGUUGCGUAACAGUUGGCUUUCGUGUCGUAGCCCAGUGUCAAUCGCCUGGAUACAAGGGAGGUAGGUGUUUUUCUGUGUAGUCCAUUUCUGUGUGAUUGAACUUUGACGUUGGCUAUAAAAGAGCGGCCGCAUAAAGGGCUGUCGAACAGCCGAGUGUCCAGGUGGCCAACGUGAAGAGCUACGCUGCUCCCAGUAAAAACACAAUAAUAAGAGAAAAGAAUCCUGUGAUUUACCCAGAAAUCCUUCGUGAAUUUGUACAUCUCUGGUGUUUCUUCUGAGAUUCUUUGAUAUUUUGCUAUCAACAAAAAUGUCGUGCAAACAUUUCCUGAUGCACGGACGCCAUAUCCCGUUCCUACUGGCAAUCCAGGUGGCUUUCAUCAUCUUGUUUGGGGUCUUUGUCGAGUACGACAAAGAGGCGCACAGCGCCAGGGCCUUCGACAAAGAUGCAAAUGCGACCACCAACGAGGGCAACAGCCUCGGCCAUUACUAUCCAAUGUUCCAGGAUGUGCACGUCAUGAUGUUCAUCGGUUUCGGAUUCUUGAUGACGUUCCUUAAGAAGUACGGCUACAGUGCCGUGGCUGUUAACUUCCUGAUUGCCGCCAUCGUCCUCCAAUGGGCCACGCUCUGCCAGGGAUUCUACCACACAUUUGACGGCCAAAAAAUUCACAUUACCAUCACCAGUUUGUUGAACGCUGAUUUCGCGUCGGCCACUGUUUUGAUUUCGUUCGGCGCCGUCAUCGGCGUCACGACGCCACUCCAAUUGGCCGUCAUGGCCGUUUGUGAGAUUGCCAUUUUCGCCAGUAACGAACAUCUCGGCCUGGAAGUUUUGAGGAUUUCCGAUAUCGGAGCAUCGAUGCUCGUCCACGUCUUUGGCGCUUAUUUCGGGCUGGCCGUCAGCUGCGUCUUGCGUCGUGACGUCACAUCGGAGAAAGAAGGGGCCAGUUAUAAUUCUGAUAUUUUCGCCAUGAUUGGAACCAUUUUCCUGUGGCUGUUUUGGCCCAGUUUCAAUGCCGGACUCGCUGAAGGCGAUGCCCAGCAUAGGGCAGUAAUCAACACGUAUUACUCGCUGGCCGCGUGUUGCGUGACGGCCUUUGCCAUCUCCUCGUUAGUCAGCAAAGAACACAAAUUCGAUAUGGUCCACAUCCAAAAUUCAACGCUGGCUGGAGGCGUGGCCAUCGGCACAGCGGCGGACAUGAUGAUCAACCCGUUCGGUGCCAUGAUUGUCGAGUAUCGCCGGAACGGUGUCCGUCCUCGGUUAUCGAUACCUUACGUCAUUAACCGCAAAUUCGGCAUUCACGACACUUGCGGCGUUCACAAUUUGCACGGCAUGCCCGGCGUGAUUGCGGGAAUCGUCGGUGCGAUUACAGCCGCAGCUGCCACUCAAGAAGAAUAUGGAUACAGUUUGUAUCGGCAAUUCUCGGCACGAGGACCGCUGGAAGGCACUGCCGAAUACGCCGAACUUCAUCAUCACAUUGGACAUCUCCAUCCGGGAUUGGGUCGUUCAGCUUCGAUGCAGGGAGGCUAUCAGAUCGCGACACUCUUCAUCACUUUGGCAAUAGCAAUCAGUGGUGGACUAGUAACAGGGCUGAUUUUGCGCUUGCCAAUAUUCGGCAAAGUGCCUAGAGAUCAUUUGUUUGAUGACGAAUUAUCGUGGGAAGUGCCCGAAGAAGAUCACCAUCACCAAGGGAUCAGUCAGCCAAAAUCAAAUUCAAAUACAGAAUUCAACAUGUCGAUGGAAGAUCGUUUGCAGCCGCGUCGGCCGCGGAUGAUGCACAUUCCGUUCUUGUUAUUCCUUCAGGCCGUUCUCAUUGUCCUGUUCGGUUUUUUCGUUGAAUACGAUUCGCCGGCCGAGCCUGAGAUUCACGCAGGUACGACGCCACCUAAAAGUGCAGUCCAGGAUGGCGUCGGAAAUAGCAGCGACGCUGGCAAAAAGACAACGGAAAGUGCCAACGGACAUCAUCGCCCUAAUGAUGACGUCAAUACUCUCGGACACUAUUAUCCCAUGUUUCAGGAUGUCCACGUCAUGAUUUUCAUCGGCUUCGGAUUCUUGAUGACGUUCUUAAAGAAGUACGGCUACAGCGCUGUUGCUCUCAAUUUCCUGAUCGCCGCCAUUACCUUGCAAUGGGCCACCCUCUGUCAGGGAUUCUUCCACGGGCUGGAAGGUUCCGAUUCGAUUCACGUUAGUAUUACCAAUUUAUUGAAUGCUGAUUUUGCAUCGGCCACUGUUCUCAUUUCAUUCGGGGCCGUCCUCGGAGUGACCACCCCGUUCCAGUUGAUCGUUAUGUCGCUGAUUGAAAUCGUCAUCUUCGCUGGCAAUGAACACCUUGGAUUGGAGACCUUCAAAGUUUCGGAUAUCGGAGCGUCCAUGCUCGUCCAUGUCUUUGGCGCAUAUUUUGGUCUGGCCGUCAGUUUUGUGCUGCGCAGAGAUCAUUCUUCUGAUAACGAAGGACCUUCCUACACAUCCGAUACGUUUGCAAUGAUUGGUACCAUUUUCCUUUGGUUGUUUUGGCCCAGCUUCAACUCCGGAUUGGCCGAAGGCGAUGCCCAGCAUCGGGCAGUUAUCAAUACUUACUAUUCGCUGGCCGCUUGUUGCGUAACGGCCUUUGCGCUCUCCUCUUUGGUCAGCAAAGACAAUAAAUUCGACAUGGUUCACAUUCAAAAUUCGACUUUAGCUGGAGGCGUCGCUAUCGGAACUGCGGCGGAUAUGAUGAUCCAUCCGUGGGGAGCGAUGGUAGUCGGAAGCGCUGCGGGAGCCUUGUCUGUUCUCGGCUAUCGAUUCUUUACGCCUGCCAUGAACAAGAAGCUGAACAUUCACGACACUUGUGGUGUCCACAAUUUGCACGGUAUGCCCGGCGUGAUGGCGGGCAUCGUCGGAGCAAUUACCGCUGCCAUGGCAACCCAAGAAGAAUACGGUGUCAGUUUGUUCCGUCAGUUCCCAGCCAGGGUACCCGAAUUGAACACGACGGAAUUCAUCCAACUGAAGAGCCAAUUUGCUGAUAUGGAGCCCGGGCUGGGCCGUUCUGCCACCAAUCAGGCGGCUUUUCAAAUGUAUGCUCUUCUGACCACUCUUGCUGUCGCCAUUGUAGGUGGCCUCCUGACAGGAUUUCUGCUGAAGUUGCCCAUUUUCGAUCAAGUGCCCCGCCAUAGGCUGUUUGAUGAUGAACUGUCUUGGGAAGUGCCCGAAGACGAGGAGCAUGACGACCACCGUUUUCAGCAAGCUGAACAAGGCCGGAACAAGAGGACUGGACCAGCAGCCGGUUCGGAGCCUGGCAUGAUUCCGCUAAUGAAUCGAUGAUGAUGGAACUAAAUGUUGAAAAUGCAAUGCAUAAAAUAAAAAAUGAAAAGGGCAGCAUUGCCUUUCACAUACUGCCAACUGUGUUACAAUUACAUGAUUAGUUUUUGGCACAAAAAAUACAAGCCUCAUCGUGAA